CCAGACUGACAUGGCUCCUGCACCAACUCACUUCUAUCAAGGGUUCAUUGAACUCCCCUUCCUCUGGUCUGUCAUUGCUCUGUGGUGUGCUUUGCUGGGCAGUGGAUCCACAAUGAAAGGGACCCCCCCACCCUCUACUAGUGGAUCUACCGUGAAGGUGACCCAGGGACCACCCUUUGCCAGCUUCUUGCAAGAGAUGAACCUGACAUUCAGCUGCUCGCAUUCCGAUAGCUCAAGCUACAAUUUCUUCUGGUAUCGCCAGCUGCCUGGGGAGAAAGAGCUACAACAGAUUGGGGCGUUCUACUUUCAUUCUGAUAUGCUGACCGAAGAGCUCAAAAAACACAACCCAAAGGACUGGCUGAGAGGAGAAUGGUUGGAAAAAGGAAAGAAAAUGAAACUUGUUCUUCAAGGUCUGCAGCCUAGUGACACAGGGCUGUAUUUGUGUUCUGCAAGGGCCACGGUGAGAGAGGCAGGAACUGGGGCUGGUGCAAAAGUGAGUGCCAGCAACAAAUACCCCCAGCUCCUCUUAUGUGCUGCUGAAAAAGCUAAGGCACUCACUCCCCACAAUCAGUGGGCAAGCUGGCGUCAUACUCUACAACUAGGUUACACAAGCAAGCUCAGCACCAGCAACCUCACUCACACGAAGCCAGCACUAUGCAGAGCCUGCCACCACUGAUAUCUUCUCUUUCAGAGUCAUGCAGGGAAAUAAAUUGGCAGUAGAUACAGGCCAGAUGAGAAAAAGCAACCCCUCAGCCAGUGCAGAAUUAAUGCCACAAAUUGCAUUGCAAUGAAGGCCACUUGUCUAACCCCUAAACAACUUCGUGAAGGGGAGAUCCAUCCGUGGCAAUUAGUCAUGAUGUCUAUAUGGAACGUCCAUCUUAGCAAGCCAGAAUGCGACUGAAUAGCACUUGUUGGGAACCAACAGAGAGGAGGGCAGUUAUCUUCAUGAACUCUGGUUAUCAGCUUCCCAGGGACAGCUGACUGGCUACAGGGAGACAUUAGGUGGACAAGGGACACACUGAUAUGGCCUGUGCUGCCCAAGGACGCCGGACUGGAGCCUGUGUAGAAGUCAGAUCAAAACUGUUCCAGAUGCAUCUUCCUGAAAAUUCAGGCAAUUCUAAAAGACACCAUCACAACACUUGUUCUCCAGUCAAACAACAUCCACAUCGAGAACUGGCAUUUAAACCCAGACACACACAUGUGGGUCUCAUUUAUGUAUUUUGGCUAUUUGCAUAUGUUUAAUCAUUGGACUUUCUAAGCAGUGUACAUAAAGAUUCCAAAAAGACAUGCACUGGGAAAGUCUGCCCCU